GUGUGAGGUCAUAACCGCCAUUUGGCAUGUUCAGAAUGGAGACUAGAAUAAAUGACCGACUAUGGAAGCGUACAUUUAGAUACUGAUUUACAUCAUCUUUUUGUUUCAUGGUCAUAUAUCAAAUAUUGUUUUAGUCUCUCCAGAUACAUCCGCGGUUCUAGGGUGCUUUUUGGACCGGCAGUUGGUCGAGUAUUCAAUAUAAGAGAAUUGGAAAACAAGACCAGCAGCCAUGGGCAAGUUAAUAUCAAAGAUUUUUGGCAACAAGGAGAUGAGAAUCCUCAUGCUGGGGCUGGAUGCUGCAGGAAAAACUACACUUUUAUACAAAAUGAAAUUAGGUCAGUCAGUGACAACUAUCCCAACAGUGGGGUUCAACGUUGAAACUGUCACAUACAAAAAUGUUAAAUUCAAUGUCUGGGAUGUAGGAGGACAAGACAAAAUUCGUCCACUGUGGCGACACUACUUCACAGGGACUCAGGGGCUCAUUUUCGUUGUAGACUCAGCUGAUCGGGACCGUAUAGAUGAGGCACGGCAAGAACUUUAUCGCAUAAUCAACGAUAGGGAGAUGCGGGAUGCCAUCAUCCUGGUUUUUGCCAACAAACAAGAUCUUCCAGAUGCAAUGAAACCUCAUGAAAUACAAGAAAAAUUGGGUCUGACUCGGAUACAGGACCGCAACUGGUAUGUUCAGCCAUCAUGUGCUACAACUGGUGAUGGACUGUUUGAAGGUCUCACGUGGCUUACAUCGAACCAUAAGUCAUGAGGAAGAAAGGACAUCUUAGUUGGUGUCACCAUUGCAAGACAUUUCACCAGACCAUGCACUUGUCAGGGAGCACUCUUGUUCUUGCUACUCUUUCUAUUGUGGCUUAAAAAAAACCAACUGUCUUAAGUGAUCUUUGACCCAGGACCUGAAUAAUAUGAGUACGCUACCAAAAAAAAAAAAAAGACUCAGAAUGAAUGUUCUUUGGGAAUGAGGUAGUGUGAUUUGCUUUCACCAGCACAGAUGCCAAAAGAGCAUUUUAUUUGGUGCCAUCUUGUUUUUGGUGGAGGUCAUCGCAUAGGCUCAUUUCACUACCUAGAGCUUGUGAAAUGAAAAAACAACUUUCAGUUAAAGUUGCAGAAUUUUUUUCUCAUCUGUCAUGCAACUGUGAUGUUUGGUUUGGCAGCACCUACCACCAAUCUCUGCUGCCUUCAGAAGGUCGCAACAAAAAAUAGGGAGGGAGAGGGGGGCGAAGUAGACAAACAGUACCAGGAAACAGGGAAUUGCUAAAACUACUAAGAUGGAGCUGCUGUGAAUACAAGAAUUGUAUGGAAAUUUGCAUGUACUGUUCUAUGGCUCAGGAGUACUUCCAGUGUCUCAUGCAGUGUUGCACCUGUUGCAUGGUUUAAACCAGAUGAAUUUUUUUUGUGCUUAUUUAUUCAAGUGAAUCAUGCUCUUGGUGUCCUGCACCCUCCUCCUUUCUCAUCACCACUAAAGCUUGCCCAGAAUGAUCACUACAGAGCAUCACCGCCAUGAAAGAGAUAACAGGCAUUGCACAGCUCAGCAAGAGCUACCCACAAGCUGGGUGAAGAGAAGGAUGCUGUACCUUAUCAUUACCUUCAGAGUUAUCAUUGGAAGCAUGACCUACGGCACUCAGUUAUAUAAUUCGUCUGUUUUGUUAGUGUGUUUCCUACAAGCAAGGUCUGAUUCCAUGUUCUUUUCUCCUUAGAUUUGUUCUUUGGAAUAGUAUGCUACCCAGCCCUGCCAUCUGCUCCAUCCCAUUCCAGUGUAAAGGAGUUAGGCAGCAUUGUGAUGAGAGUGCUUAACUUGCAGAAAGCUUUGUUUGACUGAUAUGCAUGGUACCCUUGUUGCUGAAUUCUCAUAGAAAUGUGUUAAUGUUCGAAGUGUUGCAUGGUUUCUCGUAUAUACAACACUUCCCACUCUAUGCUUUUAGGAUUCUAGGUGCAGUUAUUUGCAGUCCAAAUUAUACCAGACAUAGACAACAUAUCUCCCACCUGAGUACCCACCGAUAGAUGAGAGAUCAGUGAAUAUUCAUAGGAACAAAUGUCAUGUUAAAAAUUGCUCUUCUAUUUUUGUUUAAAAAAACUUACAUUUUUAAAGCAUCAAACAGCUGAGCUUUUUCAUUUGGCAUAGUAAAGUUAGUAGGCAGAAGGGAACUGCGUGCUGCAGACUCCAGCAAGUUUGCUUUGUACGCACUAGGUAGUGUUACGUCCAAAAGUGGGUGGUUUCCAACACAGUGAUGUCGUAACUUUUCCAGGAUACUAUUUCCCCCAGCAUCCAAAAGAAUGCAUGUUUCCAUCUGUCUUCAUUGUCUUGGCCUGCAGCUUGCUGUUCAGAGUGGUUGUUUGUGAAAAUGAACAAGUCCAUUACAAUCAGUUUAUAACACAUUUUUCUUUAGUUGGAUGGGUGUCUGAGGCACACAUUUCCUCUCUUCCUUUUCAAAAGAUCAGUUUUUACCUGUGUUGUAAGCAUGCCUAUGGAUUGUGAUAGUGCUCAGACCCAUGUGGAAUAUUUUUUUCCCCCACUGGAAUUAAACUGCUGGUGUAACCAAGCAUUUUUGAGUAAAACUUUAAGAACAAGUUCUUGAGCCUAAUAAUAGUAUGUGCUUAAUAAAUUGUAAUGUUUCAGGGGCUCAGAUGUCAAUGUAGACUAUUGUUCUGUUGGUGCAUAUACUGUAUAUACAGUGUCAGUUUGUACAUUUAUAUGUGCAGAGAUUAUUAUUACAAUAUUAAAAGUCUAAAUGCCCUAUGAGAGAAAUGCAUGACAGUCUUGCAACAGCUUGCCUGUGUCAGUCAUUUUUUGCAUGUUGUAAUGAUAUAUUUCUUUUUCAGUAAACUUAAGAUGGUUUGCUUCUUCUCACCCUCUCUUUCUGCUAUGUUUGUUUUAAUUUUCAUUGUUUCAGAAUUAUUCACUUUUUUGUUAAAAACAAAGUGGGAGAUUAUCUUCCGAUACAGAAUGAUAAAUAUUUUUGUAAACACAUACCUAAGACGUCUUUACAAAAUAUUAAAUGCUUUAUUCCUUCAUUUUUGCGUUUCAGUUACAGCUUUGCAUUGCUUUUCAUUACGCAGAAAAACCUGCAAGAUAAAAUAGCACAGAAGAAAUAAUGAUUUUAUGAAAAAUGAAAUAGCUUGCACAUGCUUUAUUAUGUAUUGAUUUUGUCUUUUUUUAAUUUUGGGGUAUUUUUAACUCUUUUUUUUGUUUCCUUUCUCUACACACAACCCUUGUAUGUUUAUGUAUGUGCAUCUGUGAAUGUGAAUAACUGAUUGAUUAAUGAAUUUGAAUGAUCAUUAUAUUUUUUGAGCACAAACACAUCAUUCUAUAUCAUUUUACUAUGACAAAGUGAAACCUACGUAAUGCUGAAAGAACUUAUUGAUCGACAUGUUUCACUUUGUCCCCACAUGCUGAUGUUUUUUGUGAAGAUUAUAGUUAGGUAAGGUUAUGUUUUAUGUUAAUAUGCGCUUUGGUUUUUCUCACUGCAAGAUGAACCCUUGGGUUCCAGCUCUCAGUUUUACAUCAGAAUUGCCAUAAACUUGUGUUUAGCUAGGUCUAAUAUUUUUCAUAUGUGAUAGCUUCUUCAAACUUUUGUGGCAUUUUCCUCUUUAGGGUCAACAGACACCAGUUUCUUCAAUAAAUUUAAAAGAAUAUCUGCAAGUCCAACAUCAACUUUGGCCUAGUGUCAGCAUGAAGUUUGAAGUACAGUUUUAUCGGUUUGUCCCACAAAAAAAACUUUUGUGUGAACCCUCUUUUUGCAAUAUUAAUUUUUUUUAAAAGCUCCACUUAUUCCACCAGAUUGGUUUCAGUUGCAGUUACCUCUUAAAGUGUCUUGGUACUUAAAACAAUCUGACAAACUGCUGCACUCAUGAUUUUGACAGUGCUGAUAAGCUGGUGGUAUUCAUUUUAGGGAAUGAUGCAUGUUUGACUAUUCGAAGCCAAAGCGCGUAAUGUACAAUGAAAGAAAAACAAGCUGAAGGGAAAAGAAUACUUAUGAUGUGAAUAGGUUAUUAAAUCAGUAGCUGUACUUCGUAGCAAUCCAGUUGAAUAAUCUGAAGCAUAAGCAGGAAUAUCUGCUGAUAGUAUUCAUUUUGCUGCAUUUGAAUUGCCUGGCUUGUAAUGUGCCUUCGGUUAAACAUAGUUUUAGGGAAAAGCCCUUUCUUGGGGGAAUUAUUAAUCUUCCUGUUACCACCUGUUGCAGAAUACCUAGAACUGGUUGCAUGUAGGACUUCUCGGAUUUCAUAGUUUUAUGGUUCAGUAUACGAUUUUAAAAAUGCCUUUUUUGCCAUGAAUUCUAAAUAUUAUUAUUUAGAAUUUUCAUUGUAGAUCGCCUAAAUGCAUCAUUAUCUGGAAUAGAAUUUAAGGAGCCAGGACUGCUAAGUGGGAAGAUGGGUUACGUUUCAUUAGUGAGACAGUUUAGGCCUCUAGUCUCCUAAUCGUAGAUCUAGUCAACAGUAUAUGUGUAGGAAGUGUUUCUUGUGUGCUUGCUCAACAUUGUAUACAAAAUAUGACUACUAGAGCACAUGGAAACCAAAUGGUCCCUGUUUAUAAAUAUAUUUAGAAAGACAUUUAAAAGAACUUUAAGCAGAGAAACUGAUCAUCAGCACUCACCAAGUUCGAGGUGAACUAGCCCUCACAACAAUAAUUUUAUCAUUUUAUGAUCAUUUGGCAUCAGGUUUUGAAUGAAAUUUGUAUUUCUUUGUCAUUUCUAUCCUCUGUAAAGAAAAAAAAAGAGUGUCUUAUUCUUCUCCUUUUUUGUCAUGUGGCAAAGACAUUUACAGAGACUUUGUCAUUCAUGCUUGUUUCAAAGCAUCAAAACUUAUGUUAGUCUAUAUUAUGAGAAGAUUAUAAGGAACAAAGUUUAAAGUGUGGUAGGUGUUGUAAUGAAGGGCAUGACUACCUUAGUUGUCAUCUUUAAGGAUGUUCCUUGGAAUCUUUCACACAGGUAGGAUUAACUGAAAGUUGGUUUUAAACCGUCUUAUGUGCAGACUUCAACAGGUAGAUAUUUUGUAUAGCACAUCAUACUUUUAGGUUUGUUUUGAUUUUUUUAAAAACUCAUUCUGUUUCAUGUACAAUUUUCUUGUCCAAGCAUAAUUUUUGACUAUCAAACCUUCAAAAAAUGGUUUACUAUUUCCUCUCCCUACAUGAAAGAAGAUACAUGUACAUUUUUAAAGCUAAGUAAAAGGUCAUAAAGUGUGGGUCCUUUAUCCAAUAUUUGUAAACUUAAAAGGGAAAUCUGUGGUGUGCAUUUUUAAACAGGUUCUCACAAUCAUGGCAGCAGAAUGAGAAAUUGAGCUUUAUGUGCCAUCAGUUUAGAUGUUUGCUGUUUGGGUCUUCUAACAGUGUGUGGCAUGUGCACAACAAAUGGCCCCAGAAUUCUAUGCGAACAACUGCACCCAGUCUAUUUGAUUGCCAUGUGUGAAUAAGUUUGAUAUUUGGACUUCCAGAUUUGUAUGCCUUGUGUGCUUGAACUGUCAAAAUGAGGAAGUUAACUUUCGUUUGAACAAAGAUGAUGGAGCACAGUAUUCUGGGCAGUUAAUUACUGGUCAUCAGAUAAGGCAAUAAGGUCUAUUUUAACCACCAUGGACUGCAUGCUGGAUACAGAAAUGCUGUGUAUAGUUAUUUUGAGCCCCCAGUGGAACUGAGUUUGGAAAUGGAAGUGAAAAGGAGCAUGCUGUCUAUUGUCUCAGUUUGAGCUUUAGAUCCUGUUCAACAGGUUAGAGCAGCCUGAAAAGACAUCUUUUCCCAAGAACAAUCUGCUCUUCUAGAGGCAAAAAAGAAUCAAACUUUAAAUCUGUUACAAUUUGUUGAAGGUUUAUUAGUUAUUAUGGUUUUUUAUUUUGAAGCAAGAAGUGUUGGGGUGGGGUGCCUGCUAAAAGUGCAUCAUCAAAAACUAUCAGGCAAGGUUGCUAUGCAGUUUGUGCACUUGCUUUUAACCUGGGUGGUAUGAAAGGGAGUAUUUGCCUGCAAAAUGCAUCAAUUGUAUGUGCCAGGUGCAAGAUGGUAGUGAUCAGUGUUUCUUUUAUAUGUGGUUGAGAGAACAUGAUGUACAUAUCCAUUACAUUUCAAUACACUUGCUAGCCCCUUCA